AACGUGUAACAAUUAGGUAUGUGACUGAAGCUACAUUUGAUGACAUCGAAACACAUUUCACCUCAUCCACUCAAGUGUGCACUUUCAGCGUAAUUUCAUGCGUUAUAGUGGGAAAGGCUUGGAUGCUGUUUUGACCAUUUGAAUGCAGGAACAUUGGCAACAUAUUCAAUGUCCGAACCUUCGAUCAAAUGUUGCUGUGGUAUCGUUUACAUGAAUGAAACCCUCCUUGCCCACUCUCCGGAGCGGGUCUGCUUCUGCAUGAUUUGGAAACCAGAUGCAAAGUAAAACCUCAAACUGCGUUGAUUGGGCGUCUGAGCUUGGACAUGGGGAUUGGCUGUGUCGAUACAGAAGGCUUGUUUUUUCUUCCCUUUUUAUCAUCACUAGUGAUUAUUAAAUGGGAAACAAUGGACCAGUGUUUUAAAGAGAGAGGGACCCAUGCGCCUGUUGUACCCACUGGGCACAGACGUAAAUUCAACGUAUAUUCCACUUUAGUGCAACGUAUAUUUUAUUGACAUAUGGUGGAAACAACGUUGAUGCAACCAGUGUGUGCCCAUUGGGUAACCUCAAACACGAGGAUAGGAUAGCCCGUGCAUGGUCGCAUGAACGAGAGAAGAGAUACAUACAUACUGUAUAUGUUAAAUAAGUAAGGGACACGGGGAGAGAUGGAGAGGGAAAGGCUUAGAGAGAGAGUUUUUCGGUACCCACUGACGUUUAUAGAUGGUCUGGGGGACUUGGAUCAUUUGGUUACCAUGCAAAAAAUUCCUGUAUGCGCUGGCUGUAAUCAACACAUCGUGGACCGCUUCAUCCUCAAAGUGCUGGACCGCCAUUGGCAUAGCAAGUGCCUGAAAUGCAGCGACUGCCAAUCCCAACUAGCAGACAAGUGCUUCAGCCGGGGAGAUAGCGUUUACUGCAAAGAAGAUUUUUUUAAGAGAUUUGGGACCAAAUGCGCCGCGUGUCAGCAAGGUAUUCCUCCAACGCAGGUGGUGAGAAGGGCACAGGAUUUCGUAUACCACCUGCACUGCUUCGCGUGCAUCGUGUGCAAGAGGCAGCUCGCGACAGGUGACGAGUACUACCUGAUGGAGGACAGCAGGCUCGUGUGCAAGGCUGACUACGAGACCGCCAAACAGCGAGAAGCUGACUCAACAGCGAAAAGGCCACGAACGACCAUCACCGCGAAACAGCUCGAGACCCUGAAAAACGCUUACAACAACUCUCCCAAACCGGCCCGACACGUACGAGAACAGUUAUCUUCAGAAACUGGCCUAGAUAUGCGGGUUGUUCAGGUCUGGUUUCAGAACAGGCGAGCAAAAGAGAAGAGGCUAAAGAAGGAUGCAGGCAGACAGAGGUGGGGACAGUACUUCCGCAACAUGAAGAGGUCGCGAGGUAGUUCCAAAUCAGACAAGGACAGCAUCCAGGAGGAGGGCAUGGACAGCGACGCUGAGGUCUCCUUUACAGACGAGCCACCCAUGUCGGAGCUCAGUCACUCCAAUGGCAUCUACAGCGGCCUGAGCGAGUCGUCUCCAGCCAUGGGGGGCAGCCAUGGCCCCUUCCCCCUGGAGCAUGGAGUCCUCCCCUCUCAGGACCAGUAUCGUGACAUCCGCUCCAGCAGCCCCUACGGCCUACCCCAGUCCCCAGGUUCGCUUCAGGCACUGCCCAGGCACCAGCCCCUCAUCUCCAGCCUGGUCUACCCUGACUCCGGCCUGUCAAUCAUGACCCAAGGUGGGGCCCCGGGGCUAAACCCAGGCAUGAGAGGAGUGUUGGGGGGAACUAACGGCCCUAGCUCAGAUCUGUCCACUGGCAGCAGUGGGGGCUAUCCAGACUUCCCAGCGAGUCCAGCUUCCUGGUUGGAUGAAGUGGACCACGGACAGUUUUGAUGAGCUGGGUUGAUUGGUCAACGUUAUCUAAGGACUCGAAGGUGUUUUUUCUGUGUCUUCUCCUGCGGGUGUCAAAAACUGGAAAGAGACAGUCACGCAAGACCUGUGAAACAGAGAGACCGGGUCAGACUGUUGCUGUCUUUCAGCCUCCUUGGAUCACUCUCUCUCUGUCAAUGAACUGUCAAAUAAUAUUUUUCAUUUCUCCUGAUCUGAGUGAACUGAAAGGAAGGAUUGGGCCUCAAAAAAUAUGAACGGUAGCACUUGGAACUCACACACCAUUCCUUAAAGAUAACAAGACUGAGAAGAAUGGAGUGCUGGCCUGUUCUGAAUGAUCAUUUAGCUACUGACGAAGUGUUGAUAUGUUGCUCAAAUAUCGUCAAGAGUAGGGUCUGAAAGGAAAGCAAUCUCACUUCUACAAUCUGAACUUGUAACGGUCAGACAGACAUACUCCCUCUCUCAGCCUGAAGUCUUCACAGCACUCAUCAAACAGCCCUCCACCAUUGAACUAUGUGUACAGCGACUUUCCACCAUCAUGCUUUUGAUCCCUAUGGUGGCAUCAAUAUUACACCAGAGGAAGCUCACAGAUACACACCAUCUCCAGCUGUGAUAUCGUUAGCAAAUUCAGACUUUUGCCCAAUUGGAUUUUAAUAGACUCCAAUCCUUUCCACCUUAUUCUUCUCUCUGUUUAAAAAAUAUAAAAAAAUAAAGUGUACCGAUGCAGGUUUUGGUUCAAGUGAGAGUUUUUAUGUGUCUGGUUGUUGCCAAAUGUCUGUGUAUAUUAAGGUUUAUCAUUGUGGAGAAUUUAUUUUUAUACAACCCCUACGACAACAUGAAUACCACAGAUAUUAGGACUUUGUACAUUGACGGCUAGGGAUCUAGACAGGUUGUCGAUGUCGCCUCUGGACCUAAGUAGAGGUCCAGUUACUUCUAUGCAUUUGUGUGUUCUCAGAUGUAUCUUGUUUGUUUCAUUCUAUUGAAAUUACCUGGGCAUGCUGAAACCCAGGCUGGUGUACGUGUUUGUUUAUGUGGAAGAUGUUUUAUGUCUUAUUUAUUCUCUCUGAUGAUGAUUAUGAUUAAGUGAUACAGGUCUUUAAUAAAUUUGUCAGCUAAAUCCAAACUGACCACUGAC